UUCUCAAAUUAGUCGAUCAUUACGCUUCGUCAAGUGCGGAGCCCGGGUCUGGUACGGUCGUGCGCGUUCGUCUGCUCUUACUGGAUACUGGUUUGUUCGGUCCGGCGCCCCUGCUUCAAGUGUGCUCAGUAGCGAUCAAGUGUUUGGUGCGGUUCGAUCGCUCAUUGCCCGAACAGCGAACAGUGUGCUUUGUGUGAGUGUGUGUGUGUGUGUGUGUGCUAGCAACAGUAAGAGAAGUUGUGGUGAAAAUUAUUGGUUUUAAAGCUUGCGCAUACUAUGAGAUGCGAGCUGGGCUCUUGGAGGAGUCAGAGAUGGUGUAUGAAAAGUGUGUAAAAAAGGUGAAGAAAAUUGUGUAAUUAGUGUAAAAUAUAAAAUCAGUGUAAGUGAACUGCCAUUGUAUCUUGAAGUGACAAGUAAUUGUUGGUAAAACGGCUACAAGCAUGAUCAAAACGGAAGAGCACAUGGAAACCGCUUCUUCUAUGGUGGAUGCCAGUGAGGAUCAGGGCAUCAUUGUCGGCAGUGGUGGAGGUGGUGGCGAUAGUAACCCUUCCAGUGGCUACCAUUAUCGACCGCUUUCAUCCAACAUCGUGAUGGCUUCUGCGCACAUUAUAGAAAAUCCUGCUCUACAACAGCAGCAGCAGCAGCAACAGCAGCACCAGCAGGAUGAUGGAAGGAACUGUGGCCCAAUGAUGGCGCACCCUUACCAUCAUCAUCCUUCCUUUCAUCCUCAGUCCGUUUCGCACCAUCACGGACAGGCUCACGGACACUUUCAGCCUCACCAUCAUCAUCAUCACCAUCAUCACCUGCAGCAUCAUCAUCACCAGCAGCAGCAACAGCACGGCAUUGAUGUGAAGGAUGAGAUGGAUGAUCGUAACGUUUCGCCGCCGGGCAUUGGCGCUGGGAUUGCCACGUAUCCCACCAACAUUGAGCUAAAGCUGGAAGGUGACAGUGGCAAGAUCUCGUCCAUGUAUCACCACCAUCACCCGCACCAUGCGUUCGAGAAGCUGCCACCGUACUACAUCAACCACCGGUCGCCGUACCUGAUCUCGCAGAUAAACGAUCCCGAAGUGUCGCCGGCCGAUGCGUCCCCGAUGGGGGUGGAAUGUUUGCGCGGACAGCCGGGUGCUGCUUACCUGCUGGAAAGCUCCAUAAACACGCUCAAGCUGUCCGGUGAGUCGAUGGGCUCCCCGUCGGUAAUGAUGAGCUAUGGUGGGGAGUUGGCAAUUGGUGCACUGGUCGGGCAGCAGCGAUCACGCAGCAACGGGAGCAGUAGUGCUAGCGCGGGCAAUGUGUCGCCGAGCUCGUCCACGAUCGUCACUAACCCAUUCGCUGUGCAGCAACAGCAACAGCAACAAGACCAACAGCAUCAGCACGCCCCACACUACCAACUCCAUCCGCAUCAGCUACAGGACGCAACGGGACUGAGCGAUUCCAUCGGGUUGGGUGUCGGUCAGCAGCCGCAGCAGCAGCAGCAGCAGCAGCACUCAAUGCAAGCGACAAGUACAAGCGGUGGACAUCUGAUCGAAGCAUCGAUGCAUCUUUCCAAAUCAACGUCCGCUUCCCCCGUCUCACAGCUUGGCUCACCGUGCUCGACUUCACCGACACCGCCCGUGUCUGGGGCGAGCUCCACUACUGGUGCUGUGGCGGCGGCUCGGAAGACGACACCGACCGCUAAUAGUGGCGGAGGAGAGCAGCAGCUCAGCAGCACGACGGGAAGUGGCGCUGGCAGUGGCGAAGGACCGAAGAAACCGAACGGUGGCCGACGGCAGGAAAAGCCCCAGCUCAGCUACAUCAACAUGAUCGUGAUGGCGAUCAAGGACUCGCCGCAUCGGCGCCGUACGCUGAGUGAAAUCUACAAGUAUCUGCAAUCGAAGUAUGAAUUCUUCAACGGAGAGUACAACGGCUGGAAGAACUCGGUCCGGCACAAUCUCAGCCUGAACGAGUGCUUUAAGAAGCUACCGAAAGAGUGCGGCAAGCCGGGCAAGGGUCACUACUGGACGAUCGAUGCAUCGGCGGAGUACAUGUUCGAGGAUGAGGGCAGUCUGAGGCGUCGGCCUCGGGGCUUCCGGCGAAAGCAGCAGAUGAAAGGAUACGGUGGUGGUAGCGCGUUUUAUCCGGCUGGUAACACUGGAUACGAGAUAACGGAGCUGUCUGGAGGGUAUCUAUCGCAACCGUACGGUGGAUAUGCGGACUACGCCAGCCUUCCAGCACCGUCGGCUGUGUUGGGACAGGGUGGACCGACGGCUGCUGGUGGUGGUGGUCCGGGACAUCAAUCCGGUGGAUAUUCGGAUGGACAUCCUUCGUCUACCGGUGCUUCUAGCUGGCCCUAUGCUGGGGUGGACACGAUGAGCCCGUACUCGAAGAUCACGCACACGUCCCUGCACGAACCGCUACAGGCACCGGGAUCGCCCGGGCAGCAAACAGCGGGCGGAGGAGUGCUGGACUAUGGCAACUAUACGUUCGGCAAUGCGGCAGCGUCACCGUACGGGAUUGAUACUAGCUUAAAAAUACCUUCCAUCUCGCAAAUGGUACCACCACCUGUCUCCAUCUCGACCUCUUCAACAUCCGCCGGAUCGUCAACACCGGGCGCCGUGUCCAGUCACAUCGCCACCCCCACCACUACCACCACCGGAGGCUCUCCGACGCUUGGUUCGAUGGGGCUCGGAUCAAGCUCGGCCGGUGGAAGCGCCGAUACGCAACCGAGCGUAGUGAUCGUCGGAAGUGGCGGUGGUGUGACGGGCGAAGGUGAAGGUACCACGUUGGACUGUAAAUCGGACGUGUAUGGACACUCGAUGCUGUCCAACGGUGGAACGUCAUCUCCCGGCACAGGACAGCUGCAUCAACACACACUGAACGGUGGCGGUCAUCAUCACCAUCAUCAUCAUGCAGCUCACCUGCAGGCGCAUCAUCAUUCCGGGCAUCAUGCGCAUCAUAGUUCACACCAUCUGCAUCACCAUCAUCAUAGCAACCAUCUGAAUCUGGCCGCACCGUACUGAAACACCGUGGUGACGAUCGCCAUCGCAGUGGACCCAGGUGGGACCGGCAGCCAUCUUGAAAGGUGAAACGAAUGGACGUGAGAAGGUAAUAAACGAGCGAAGAGGAAAGUGUUGAGAGUGCUGUGGCGAGAAAGAGAGCGAGACAAAUAUGGAAGACAUACUGAGAGGAUGGGGAGAAAGACGUGAUGUAACAAAGAAAAUAUGGCUACGUGCUGUGUGGUUUGAGAGUGUUGAAAUAUUUCAAGAAAUACAAUUAAGCU